AUGCGGGAGAAGCCUUCUGGAGAUUGGUGGCUUGAAGUGGGAGAUACACAUCCAUUCGCGCUUGGGUUUUGGCCACAGAGGAUCUUUCAAGGUCUGAAAGCGCCAGCAACUUAUGAUGCAUGUGGAGGAGAAAUAAGCUCAAUAGCAACUCUGCCACCUCCUGAAAUGGGAGCUGGUUCUUAUCCUGAUUUUACUCCUGCUUUGCUGGUUGAUUCUUAUUGCAAAGAUUUUGUCGUGGUGGAUGAAACCUAUACUGUUGUCGAUGUUGCUGAUUCUGAAACCUAUGAAAAUAACGCUAAUUAUGGUGUUUACGAUACUCAUAUGAGGAAUAAGCAGCAUGUAAUCACAUUUGGCGGUCCGUGA